AUGGAGACUCUGUGGCUUUUAUUCCUGUCGCUGGUCCCGGUGUACAUCAGGGGACAAGGGGUCUAUGCUCCUGCCCAGGCACAGAUCAUUCAUGCUGGGCAGGCAUGUGUUGUAAAGGAAGAUAACAUCAGUGAACGAGUGUACACUAUUCGGGAAGGUGACAUCCUUGUUCUGCAGUGUUUAGUUACAGGGCACCCACGGCCACAGGUGAGGUGGACCAAAACUGCUGGCAGCGCCUCGGACAAAUUCCAGGAGACAUCGGUGUUGAAUGAAACGCUUCUGAUUGAGAAGAUCCAGAGGCUUCAGGGGGGUCGUUAUUACUGUAAAGCAGAGAAUGGGGUUGGGGUCCCUGCCAUCAAGUCCAUUCGAGUAGAUGUGCAGUAUUUGGACAAGCCCGUCCUUACUGUCCAUCAAACUAUCAGUGAUGUCCGUGGGAGUUUUUAUCAUGAGAAGACAGUCUUCCUUCGAUGCACAGUCAGCUCUAAUCCACCUGCUCGCUUCAUCUGGAGAAGGGGUUCUGAGACACUUUCCCACAGUCAGGAUAAUGGAGUGGAUAUCUAUGAACCAUUGUACACAGAGGGAGAAACAAAAGUUCUGAAACUGAAAAAUCUACGACCCCAUGACUAUGCCAGUUAUACAUGUCAGGUAUCUGUGAGAAAUGUGUGUGGCAUCCCUGAUAAGACAGUCACCUUCGAGCUGACCAACACAACAGCUCCACCAGCUCUAAAACUAUCUGUGAAUGAGACUUUAGUGGUAAAUCCAGGGGAUAAUGUUACCAUAUACUGUUCGUUAACAGGCGGGGAUCCUUUGCCUCAGGUAGUCUGGUCUCACUCCCCUGGUCCUCUGCCUCUGAACAGCCUGAUCCAAGGGGGCAAUCUUACCAUCUGGGGCAUUCAAACUGAAGAUUCAGGUUAUUACAACUGUACAGCAAUCAACAAUGUGGGAAAUCCAGCCAAGAAGACAGUGAACCUAUUGGUGCGAUCCAUGAAGAAUGUAACUUUCCAGAUCACCCCUGAUGUCAUCAAAGAGAGUGAAACCAUCCAGCUAGGACAGGACUUGAAGCUCUCAUGUCACGUGGAUGCUGUGCCACAAGAAAAAGUUUUCUACUUCUGGUACAAGAAUGGGAAGCUGGCCAAAUUCUCAGAUCGAGUAGUUGUCAUCAAAAAUGACCCCGAACUUCCCCCUGUGACAAGCAGCCUAGAGAUAAUUGAUCUCCGUUUCACGGACUAUGGUACAUACGUGUGUGUGGCAUCUUUCCAAGGAGCCCCCAUCCCUGACCUUAGUGUUGAGGUCAACAUUUCUUCAGAAACAGUGCCUCCAACCAUCAUGGUGCCCAAGGGUCAAUCCAUCAUUACCGUCCGUGAAGAUUCGAGAGCAGAGUUACAGUGUGAAGUCCGAGGGAAACCCAAACCUCCUAUCAUCUGGUCCAGAGUUGAUAAAGAGGCUCCUAUGCCUUCAGGCACCAUGACAGUGGAAACAAACGAUGGGAAGCUGUAUUUUGAGAAGGUGACUCAAAAAAUGAGUGGGAUUUACAAAUGUCAGACAGCCAGAUACAAUGGCUUCAACAUUAGACCUCGAGAAGCCCUGGUGCAACUCAACGUACAAUUUCUCCCCGUUGUGGAACCAGUCUUCCAAGACAUUCGGCAAGCCAUGGGACGCAGUGUAACCCUUCGAUGCACUAUGUUAAAGGGAAGCCCUAUGAUGGCCACAGCUGUUUGGAGAUUUAAUGGCAGUCUUCUAACAGUGCCUCCAACAGAGCAGCAAGACUACUCAGAAUAUAAAGUGGACACUGUAAGCCGGGAGACUAGUGGCAACUACGAAUGUAGCAUCUCCAAUGAUGUUGGGGUAGCAGUUUGCAAAUUCCAGGUAUCAGCUAAAGCUUAUAGCCCAGAAUUGUACUAUGAUACCCCCAAUCCUACAAGGAAGCAAUAGAACUACUCCUAUGUCUUACAGUGGACACAGAAGGAACCUGAUGCUGUCGAUCCCAUUCUUAGUUACCGCCUAGAUGUCCGCCAGCUGAAUCACAGGGAUUUGCCACCUAAAUCCAUUUCUGUGAGGAAGAUGGAAAAGGGCAUGUUACAGGAAUACCUCCUGACUGACUUGAAGGUGCCUCAAAGCUAUGAACUUCGCUUGACACCUAUAACCCGGUUUGGGAUGGGGGACAUCGUUACUCGCAUCAUCCACUAUAUAGAACCAAUCAGCUACCCUAACCCAGUAGGUAACACCUGCCACUUUGAAGAUGAGAAGAUCUGUGGUUAUAUUCAGGACACAACAGACAACUUUGAUUGGAUUCGUCAAAGCAGUCUAACCCAUGAUCCGAAGCGCACUGCCAACACAGGCCCCACUAUGGAUUUCAGUGGGACACCCGAAGGGUACUACAUGUUCAUUGAAGCCUCUGCACCCCGAGUGAAGGAUGACAAAGCUAGAUUAAUCAGCCCUAUGUACAACAUGACUGCCAGAUUCUGUGUCUCCUUCUAUUAUCACAUGUAUGGGAAGCACAUUGGUAAGAUCUUAAAUCUCCUGGUUCAUGUGAGGAAUAAGCAACCCACUCAAGCCUUGUCACUCAAAGGAGACAAAGGAAAUAUGUGGCAGCAAGUACAUGUACCCAUCAAUCCUGCAGGACCUUUCCAGAUCAUCUUUGAAGGUGUCCGUGGGACAGGUUCUGAGGGAGAUAUUGCUAUUGAUGAUGUUACUCUGAAAAAAGGUGAUUGUCCAAGAAAGCCAAUUGUCCCAAAUAAAGCAGUUGCCCUUCCAGGAAAUUCUGCUGUCACCCAACACACAUCUUUUCUCUGCUGGCCGCUACUUUCUUUCUUUUACGUGCUGCUCAGAUGA